CUCAAUUCGCAGUACGCUGCAGUUGCCUUCACCAGUCCAUCCCCAAAUUUCUCUUUCAGCCUUCGAAUGAACUUAUAUCAUGAGUAAUAACGUCAUUCUGAUGCCUCCGGACGUGGAUGUCCAGCAGAUACCGACCAUUUUCGAUCCUACCACUUGCGUGCGGAAAGGAUUAUGCCCUGUUACACAGAUCAGGAAGCAAGGAGAGGAUCCUCUACAGAGCCACUCGCUAUACUUCGAGCAGCAUGGGACGGGUUCAGAGAAGAUUCUCUUCAUCAUGGGCCUGAAUAGCACCUCUUUCUCAUGGUUUCCUCAAGUUGAUUAUUUUGGACGUGAACCGGGCUAUUCAAUUCUCGUGUUCGAUAAUAGAGGAGUGGGCAAUAGUGGAGUUCCGAAAGGACCAUAUUCGACGAGCUCAAUGGCAGAAGAUGUCAUUGUUCUGCUCGACUAUGUAGGAUGGACCGCAAAGCAUGACCUUCACGUCGUCGGCAUCUCUCUCGGAGGAAUGAUUGCCUUAGAGCUGGCAUCCAGAAUACCGGACCGGGUUGUAUCGCUAACCCUUGCUGUGACACGGGCGAAGCGGUCCCCAUGGACGGCUCUGCCUUCCGUGAAAGGUAUGACAACGCUUGCAAGGUUGCUAGCUAUAACAGAUCCCGAAGCGAAGAUACCGCUAGUCCUUGACAUGGUGUUCCCCCAAUCAUGGCUGAAUGCACCAGCAGAAGGCGAUCCAGAGGAUCGGACAAAUCGCGAGGUGCAGACAAUGGAAUAUCGCAGGCGCUUCGAAGUGACACGUCCACAAAACCCCAUUGGAGCGCUCUCGCAGAUGGUUGCUGGCCUGACGCACAGCGUGUCACCCGAGCGGCUCAGCAAGAUAUCUGCUUCAGUUCCGAAGGUGCUCAUUGUGACCGGGGACGAUGACCAUCUCGUCGAUCCCAGCAAUAGUAGAUACAUGAAGGAGCAUAUGCCUGAGGCCGAGUUGGUCGAGUGGGAAGGCGUCGGACAUGCUCUGCAGGUGCAGUGCAAGGAUAGAUUUAACCAGCUUCUGGAGAGGAUUAUACGAGAGGGAAGAGAGAGGCUGGCGAAGGUGUCUCCAGAAGUGACGAGUGCGACUCCUGCUAGCUGAAUGUUUCAUGGAAUUACAUAGAGUUCUGGGAUGAGGACAAUUUAUGAUGUAUGUUGGGACGCCCCGUAGAUUGGCUUCGAUAUUGCACCGAUGCACACCGCGUGCAUGACUGCGGCUCGGAUAUGCGAACGGCAAUGCACUGUGCGACUCAUUGCUCCCUCACCACUUUCAGCAGCUCCCGCUUGACCUCCGGCUUCACGCCUUUAAACGUCGCCCUUGUGAGCUCUGGUUCAAUACGAAUGUUUGAUGGGUAGCUAUCGCCUGCCGCGGCCUGCCUCUCCAACAGAAUCUGGAUGAGAGUUGGCUGCUUGACGUCGGAGCGCAUGGGUUCAGGGACAGUCCGGACGGCUUGUUUGGGCGGAAGUGAGCUUCGAGGUAUCACUCUAACUAGGCGGGAAAAUGUAGGCCGC